UUGGGGGGACUUUUACUGUGACAAGCGGUGAAACCGUCACCUGCUGCUUCACAUCACGGAUGUACGGGGGGGAAAAAACUGCAAGUGUGUAAGAGGAGAACAUCUGUCUGCACAAGAAUACUUUUUAUCAACGUUAUUUAAACCGUUUAUCAAGACUGUGAUCUAGCUUGGUUGUAGUUUAGCUGAUGCGAAAGCUAGGUUUCCGUUAUGUGCGCUGAUGUGCUGUCCGUUAUCUCCGAAAUGGCGCGUUAACCCCGGAUUAUUACUGUCGAGUUUAAGCGUACAACAUUUCAACAAUUAAAGUUUAAUUAAAAAAAAGUAUUGAUUAAUUAUUUAAAAAGUAAAGUAUUAAUGAUGAUGUGUUAGUGUACGUUCGGAAAGGAAACGCAGUGAGAGCCCUAAAAUCCGGUAUGGAUUACUUCCUGGACUUUGACGAGUGCAUCCGGGACUCUCCGGUAUUCAGGCUGUCUUUGGAGAGGUGUGAGAAUGAUCUAGAGGAGCUGGAGAGUCGCAUGGAGAAGGUGAUGAGGUUGUGUAACAAGAUGGUGGACGAUGGCCAGGUGUUUUGUUCAUCCAGUCAGAUCUUCCUGUCUGCGCUGGAUGAGCUCACGUCACACCAUAAAAACAACACCGUUAUAGAGAAUUGUCUACAGCAGUUUAAUCAGGCUCUGCAGGAGAUGAUCCACUUCCACACAAUGCUGCUUGACCAGACUCGGAGAGCGAUCACACAACAACUCUCAAAACUACUGACGCAGUUCCUCCCCCCACUGCGUGCUGCUCGAUAUGAGUGUGUGCGGAUCAGAGAUGAGUUGAACACGGCGCUGGUUAAGAGCGCUCAGGUAUCACAGCACAAAGCGGCUGAAGCAGAGCGACACACACACCUGCUGCUUGCAACACGCAAGUGCUACACACACUGUAGCCUGGACUACUGCCUACAGCUGAAUAAUUUCCUGACUCAGCAGAAGCUGGAUGUGCUGAACUCAGUUUUCUCCUUUUUUCAUGCGCAGAACACGUUUUUCCAUCAGGGCUUUGACCUGCUGAAAGAUGUGGAGCCCACCAUGAAGAUUAUGGCAGCCGAGCUGUCUGGACUCUCAGCUGAAUGCGUGAACAGAAGGAAGAACCUGGAACAUCAGCACUUGUUCGUUCAACAGAGAGACGCCUCUGGGGAGACUGUGCUGUUCAAUGGAGGAGCGAUUGAAGGAUAUCUGUUUAAACGCUCACGGAGGAAAAACAAAACAUGGAAGAGGUGUUGGUUUUCAGCGAAUCAUAAUCAGCUGAUUUACACCAAAUCACACAAGGAGCAGCCACUUGUGUUGUUUGAUGAUCUCCGGUUGUGUGCUGUAAAAUCUCUGGACUCAAUCGAUCGCCGUUUCUGUUUUGAGCUGCUAUCUGUGCAGAAGAGCUGUGUUUUACAGGCUGACUCAGAGGAAUUAAAGAUGGCGUGGAUGAACGCAGUGCAGAGCCGCAUCGACAUGGCGUACAGAGAGAGAGUGCAGUCUGAACACACACCGGUGAGGGACGGUUCCCUUCCUGCUCCUGCUCCUGAUCCUGGCCCUCUACCUGGUCCUCUUAGCAUGGUUCUCCGUAGCCAUGGUAACCACCGCUGCUGUGACUGUGGGGAGGCGGAGCCUCGAUGGGCCAGCGUGAACCUCGGAAUCACAGUCUGCAUCGAGUGUUCCGGCAUCCACAGGAGUCUCGGUGUACAUCUGUCUAAGGUUCGUUCUCUCACUCUGGAUUCAUGGGACCCUGAACAGCUAAAGCUGUUGUGUGUUCUGGGUAAUGAUGUCAUCAAUGGAAUUUAUGAAGGUCACCUGUCUGAGAUGGAGAAACCCAACUCUGAUAGCUCUCGGCAGCAGAAGGAGGUGUAUAUCAGAAUGAAGUAUGUGGAGAAGAAGUUCGUUCAGGGGUGUGACCCUCAUCUCACUGAGACUGUACAGCAGUGGGCGGGACGGAGACUGUAUGAUGCAGCAUUGGAUGGCGACAUCAUCUCCAUGGCUCUGGCUCUGGCUCAGGGGGGCGACGUGAACUGGACUAACGCAGAGGGACGGACGCCUCUGAUUGGUGCAGCGAUUGGAGGCUCAUUAGUGGCGUGCGAAUUCCUUCUGCAGAAUGCUGCAAAUGCCAAUCACAGAGACCAACACGGACACGCAGCCAUACAUAUGGCUACAACACGGGGACACACAGGACAGGUGUGUCUGCUGUUGAAGAGAGGAGCCAAUCAGUACGCAGCUGAUGAAAAGGGAAAGGACCCCCUCAGUAUCGCCAUAGAAACGGCGCACGCCGACAUCGUUACUCUGUUGAGAAUGGCCCGUAUGAAUGAAGAAAUGAGAGAGUCUGAAGGAUUUUUUGGAUCAGUGGGAGACGACGAGACAUUUCAGGACAUUGUUCGUGAUUUCAGUAACAUGGCGUCUCAUGAUCCGGAGCAGCUGUCGCGCAGACACUUCAGCACUCCGGACGAAUCGCAGGAAGAACGGAGGAAUGGAAAGACGCCGGAGAAGAGCUGAAGACGGGAGACGUGGGGAAUUCUGGCCUGUGGGGAUAGAUUUAGCUGUAGUUCUGGUUGAAGGCAUAGGGUUAGAGUUUAGCGUUCUGGGCUUUUAGGAAUCAGGAAGUAGAGUUCAGGAUAGAAGUUCAGGAGGUCAAAUAACGUCCCGUUUCUCUCCGUGACCGACACCGACCGAGGGAUUACUGUACAGAUAAAUGAGAGACGUUUCUUAUAAAUGUUCUGAUCUACUUAAUCAAAGUGUCUAAAGGCUGUAGAGUUGAGGCGCACACACACUAGAGCAUAUUUUUUAAGAUCAGCACUCACUGACCACUUUAUUAGGAACACCUGUUCGUUCAUACACUCAUCCAAUCAGAUUGGAUAAUUUAGGGGUUUUUUCCCCCCCCGUAUCGUAUUAGCUAAAUCAUCGCUGCCACUCUACUUUAAACGCUUUUCUCAACCUGGCGUCAGUAAGCCGAGACUCGGAAACGAAUCAACUCCCAAGUUAAGCAGUGAAUCCUGUUCUACAGAAGUAGCUCGUUAUAAAUGUUACAUUAAUGUUUUAUAUUUGGCGCAUUAUUUUAUUUUAUGUAUCUGCAUUCUUCAUAUACUACAAAAAUAAGUUGUCUGAUUUUCAGUUUUUAAGUCUGUACCGCUGAGUUGUGUAAGUCUGACCUUUAACCCUGAGAUAUAAGUGUGUAAGAUGAUUUCUUUUGUGUGUGUGUGUGCGUGCAGUGAUGAUACACACCCUGAUACACACCCUGUGCUGCUGUGGUGCUCACCAGUACACACUUGGAACUAAAAUACAGAUGCAUUUACACGUCUGUAUGUAACGUAUACCUAAAUGUUCAGGUCAACACACUGAUGUUUAUAGGCUAAUACAAUAAAAUGGAUUUAAUUCGGAUAAGGG